GCACCUCGCAUACCUACCUGUACCUACCCAAGUAAUUAAGAAAACUUUAUAAAUCAUAUUUCAACCCAGCUAGCAUUUUUCAAGGAGAAACGUACAACACUCCACAACUUCAUAAUGUCCACAAUGGCUGUCAAUGGCUCCGCUUCUGUCAAUAAGACACCCAACUCUAUAUCCCCUGUCGCAUUAUGUCAUGUGGUUCUUCGAACAACUCCUGAGGGAUAUGAGAAAUUAGUAAACUUUUAUAUAACGCUUCUCGGCGCCAAAAUCUCCCACAAGUCUCACCGCUUGGCGUUCCUAAGCUAUGAUUACGAGCACCAUCGACUGGCCGUUAUCGCCGAUUCCAACUCACACAAGCGUGGGUCCGAAGGACCCCAAGUUGGUCUUCACCAUGUAGCUUUCGGGUUCGACAAAUUGAGCGAUCUGGCUGCGGUCUAUGAACAGAGAAAGGCUGCAGGGAUUUCACCGGUGUGGUGUGUGAACCACGGCAUGAGCACUAGCAUGUACUACGAGGAUCCCGACGGCAACGAGAUAGAGUUCCAGGUGGAUAACUUUGACACGGUCCAAGAAGCGGUGGACUUCAUGGGCUCCAAAGACUUUGAGGACAAUCCCGUUGGUGUAGACUUCAAUGCUGAUGACUUCGUGAAGAGGGUACAGAGUGGUGAAGACGAGAAGAGUAUCAAAGCUAGGCCAAAUAUUGGGAAAAGAGACAGGAAGUGAGCGUCGAACCAAGCUGGAAGGAUCAGAGGUGGCAAUCGAGACCGAGAAGAGGAUCUAUAUAUUCAUUUGACCUUCGGCUUAUCUACUAGAUAUAAUAAACUGUAGCUGGAUAAAAUGAACAUCCAUUUUGCG